CUCUGGACUCUCCAGCUUUCCUCUCAUGCAGUAGCAAUUCUCGCCCAUUUAAACCCCCCAUCAAUCUCAUCACCCUCCCAACCAAACGAGUCUCCUUCUUCUCCUCCUCCUCCACCUCCUCUGUCUCUCUGGAAAACCAAAACAGCAGAAACAACAACUAUGGUGGUUCUUUCUCAGCCUGCAGCAUUAGACGACUACUCUUUGAUACAAGCACGCAAGCCCACCGGCUUGUUCACUGGAAUUCCAGUGGUGGACCUCUCUGACCCUGAUGCCAAGAACCUUAUAGUCAAGGCCUGUGAAUUUGGGAUCUUCAAGGUGGUCAAUCAUGGAGUCCCAGUGGAGUUCAUGAACAAGCUGGAAGCCGAAGCCCUCCGGUUCUUCAACUUGCCCCAGUCUGAGAAAGACAGGGCUGGCCCUCCUGACCCAUUUGGCUAUGGCAGCAAGAGAAUCGGUCCCAACGGUGACGUGGGUUGGAUUGAAUAUGUCCUCCUCAACACCAAUCCUGAAGUCAUCUCCCACAAGUCAUUUUCCAUUUUCCAGGAAAACCCAGAAAUGUUCCUGUCUGCUGUGGAUCGUUAUGUUUCAGCAGUGAAGAAGAUGGCUUGUGAAGUGCUGGAAUUGGUAGCCGAUGGGCUGGAGAUUAAGCCGAGGAAUGUGUUGAGCAGGCUUUUGAGGGAUGAGAAGAGUGACUCUUGUUUCAGGCUAAACCACUACCCACCAUGCCCAGAGCUCCAAGCAUUGAGCGGAAGAAAUUUGGUUGGGUUUGGGGAGCACACAGACCCGCAGAUAAUUUCUGUCCUAAGAUCUAACAACACCUCAGGCCUGCAAAUCUGUCUGAGAGAUGGGACUUGGGUUACAGUUCCCCCUGACCAGUUCUCCUUUUUCAUCAAUGUUGGUGACUCCUUUCAGGUAAUGACUAAUGGGAGGUUUAAGAGUGUGAAGCACAGGGUUAUGGCUGACCAUACAAAGUCAAGGAUUUCAAUGAUCUACUUUGGAGGGCCACCUUUGAGUGAAAAGAUAGCACCUUUACCCUCACUGCUGGCGGAAGGAGAAGAAAGCAUUUACAACGAGUUCUCCUGGUGGGAAUACAAAAGGUCUGCAUAUAAGUCAAGGUUGGGUGAUGAUAGACUAGGUCUCUUUGAGAAAUCUGCCAGCCAAUGAAUUUUAGCAAAGACUAUGGUUUUUGUCAAAGCUCAAGAUAGUUUGAAAAUGUUGACUCAACUUGCCAAAGAUGGAAAAACGAAUAGGAUGUUUCUUUCUCUUUUUGUUUACAUUUGUAAUUUCCCUUUCCUUUUUUCUUCUGGUGUUUAAAUGUAACAACCCUUCUACUAUCAAUGCAUGGUUAUCAUCAUCUUCUCAUCAUAAA